GCGGGCGUAACAGUGUGUGCGUUACGACAUGUACAUGUAUUGACGUUGCCUGUUAAUUUCCCACCUCAUUCUAUUUACGGGUGAAUACAAUUCAAACGUGAAUAGUAAGAAACGGAAAAUGGAUUGUGAUAAGGAGUCUUCGUUUGGAUGUCGAUAUCUCACAGAUGCUAAUGAUGUUUUUGAACAUAAUGCUUGGGAUGUUGUCCAGUGGACAGAACAACAGGAGAAUACAGCGAAGGAAAUGAUACUUCUUAAUAGCAGUAAACGACUUUCUGAAGAUUCUCAAGAUAAGCUUGAACUUCUUUCACAGGAAUAUUGGGAUAAAUUUUACUCUCACCAUAAAGACAAGUUUUUUAAAGAUAGGAAGUGGAUGGAAAAGGAGUUCAGUGAAUUGUUUUGCUCAACAUCAACUAGUUUGCAUAUAAUGGAAGUUGGUUGCGGUGUAGGAAAUACUAUACUUCCAAUUCUACGCGUUGUUCAAAACCCAAAUCUGUUCAUUUAUGCAUCUGAUUUCUCUGAUCAGGCUUUAUCCAUACUUAAGCAAUCACGUGGAUAUGAUUCCAAUCGUUGUAUCACUUUCACAUAUGAUAUUACCAAAACAACGGACGAAAUUCCUUGCCCAAAGAAUAGUUUGGACUUUCUAAUCUUAGUGUUUGUAUUGUCUGCCGUUAAUCCUGAGUUAUUUCAGUCUGUUAUAAGAAACCUUGUAACCUAUUUAAAACCUGGAGGUGUAUUGCUAUUUCGAGAUUAUGGACGCUAUGAUUUGGCUCAAUUGAGAUUUAAGAACGGUCAGUGUUUAAAAGAUAAUUUCUAUAUGCGGUCAGAUGGAACAAGAGUUUAUUUCUUUACACAAGAAGAAUUAAACAAAUUAUUUAUCGAUGCUGGUCUAGAGGAAAUUCAGAAUAAAGUUGACCGGAGGUUGAUUGUAAAUCGAAAAAAGAAAUUACAAAUGUACAGAUGUUUUCUCAUUAUGUAUAACACUGUCACGGCCAACCAUACAUUCAACAAUCGUUUGUCGCACAUUUUGUGA